CAUAUAAUCAUUUUACAUUAGAGAAUAAAAUCAGUUUCAAUUCUAGUAUCUUAAGCAGUUUGAAAGUGAUGUUAAAAGUGUGAAUAUGUCUAAAUUGAAGUAUCUAAGUGGAUUCGGAUCAGAAUUCAGCUCAGAAGACCCCAGAUGUCCGAACUCGCUGCCUGAAGGGCAAAACAGCCCUCAGAAGUGCCCCUACGGGUUGUACGCCGAGCAGUUAUCGGGCAGUGCGUUCACCGCCCCCAGGGCAGAAAACGUCAGGACUUGGUUGUAUAGGAUUAGGCCUUCGGUGGGACAUAGGCCGUUCAAGAGGCUCGAAAACGUAAACGUGACGCAUGAUUGGUCAGAAACUGAACCUGAUCCAAAUCAGGUUGCCAAAUAUGAAGACUUGGAAGGGAACUACGAGAUCGUAGCGAAGUAUCAAGGAAAACUGUUCGUUUGCGAACAGGAUCAUAGUCCUUUUGACGUUGUAGCCUGGCAUGGGAACUAUGUGCCCUACAAGUACGACCUCGAGAAAUUCAUGGUUAUCAAUUCCGUUUCAUUCGAUCACUGUGUAAGUGCAGCCAUGUCGGCGUUACACAAGCUGACUCUCGUGCUCCUCGCGUGCGCCCUAGUCCACGCAGCCAAGAGGCGGCAGCCGCAGCCGCAGCCGGAAGCGGAUGCGGAACUGUCGGAAGAGUGCCCCGAGCCAGACGGCUUCUUCGCUGACGCGGAACAGUGCGACAAGUUCUAUCAGUGCUCGGCCGGGAAGAUCACGGAGAAGCUGUGUCCCGACGGGCAGGUGUUCAACGAUUACAGCUCGGAGUACGAGAAGUGCGACCUGCCGUUCAACAUCGACUGCUCGGCCAGGCCGAAGCUGCAGCAGCCGCAGCCGAGCGAGAACUGUCCGAGGAAGCACGGGUACUUCGCGCACGAGCAACGGGACGUGUGCAACAAGUUCUACUUUUGCGUGGACGGGAAGUACAACAUGAUCACUUGCCCUAACGGGCUCGUGUACAAUGAGAAGGUGGGCAUAUGCUCGUGGCCGGACGAGGCGAAGCGAGGCGGCUGCACGUCGGCCGAGGUGUUCGAGUUCGAGUGCCCCAAGGUCGAUGAGGCCGUGGGUGCCACCCACCCGCGCUACGCCGAUCCCAAGGACUGUCAGUUCUUCUACGUGUGCAUCAAUGGCAACGCGCCCCGCAGGAACGGCUGCAAGAUGGGCCAGGUGUUCGACGACACGACGAAGAAGUGCGACUGGCCGAGGCACGUGCCCGAGUGCAAGGACUGGUACGAGGGCAUUUUGACGGAGCAGCAGCUGUUUGACCUUGAGAAUCCGCCCGCGCCCACUACCAAGGCCACCAAAUCGGAUCAAGAAGAAAGUGAGGAGGAUCCGUACAAUACAGAUGAAGACUCUGACUAUGUCCCUACUGAAGAAGAAGAGAAUGAUGAUAGAAAUGAACGUACAAUGGAAGGUAGUGAAGAACGAACAGAGAAAGAAAUGGAGCCUACAAUGAAGAUUCAGAGAACACGAAAAAGGAGAGCUGACCCAAAAAACUGGAGAAGAAAUGUUAUCAAACGUCUCAAAAAUACUGGAAAAGAAUACAAAAAUUGGAAAGGCAACACUGUAUCAGGUAGAAAAUUAAAACCUCCUUGUCCAGGUACUUGCAGACUGAAAUGUUCGAUGAAAUGGAGCGAAACAAAUCGACAAGACAUUUUCGAUGACUUCUGGCAUCUUGGUGAUAUAACACUCCAGAGAAAUUUUAUAUCAAAGUAUGUGGAUUACAAUAUCAAAUCUAGAGAGCGUAUCUCAAUCAAAUCUGGAGAAGAACACCAAGGAAGUCGGAGACAAUUCACUUUCGUUUAUCACCUACCAAACUUCGAUAAGAAAAGUGGUCGAAUUCAAGUUUGUCAAACCUUUUUUCUCAAUACUCUGUCAAUAAGCCAUCAAAUGGUGAAAACUGUAGGUAAAAAAGUCGAGAAUACUCCUGGUAUUGUGGAAUCGGACUUGAGAGGUAAAAUAAAAUGUAAUUCUAGAUUGCCUGAUGAAGUGAAGCAAUCUGUGAGAUCACAUAUUGACAAUUUUCAACCCAUAGAGAGUCAUUAUUGUCGUAAAAAUUCCAGUAAAACUUAUCUUCCUUCGACGUUGAACAUCACCAAAAUGUAUGAGCUAUACUCAAAAUAUUGUCAAGAAAACAAUCUCCCAAUGGCCAAAGAGUGUAUUUAUAGAAAAAUAUUUUGUGAAGAAUACAACAUCUCAUUCUUUCAACCAAAGAAAGACCAAUGUGGUUUGUGCACAAACUAUAAUAACUCCAAUGAGAAUGAAAAAUGCGAGAUGCAGGAGAAUUUUAAUUCUCAUGUCCAAAACAAAAAUCUUGCACGGGAAAAUAAGGAAAAUGAUAAAGAACGCGCUAAAGUUGACAAACAAUUUUGUGCUGCAGUGUUCGACCUGCAACAAGUUCUUCCUGUUCCCAAAAUAGAAGUUGGAGAGGCAUAUUAUAAAAGAAAAUUGUCAACGUACAAUUUCACAAUUUACGAUUUGGGUCAGAAUAAAGGUAUAUGUUACAUGUGGUACGAAUCUGUAGCAGCUAGGGGCGCUUGUGAAAUCGGAAGUUUUCUUUACAUGUUUUUAAUUGAUGGAAUAAAGUCAGGAAUCAAAGAAUUUUCCUUAUAUUCUGACAAUUGUGCUGGCCAAAAUCGCAACAGAUUCAUUUAUAGUUUGUAUUUUUACGUGUCCCAUAAGUAUAAAGUUAUAAUCAAUCAUAAGUUCCUCGAAAGUGGUCAUACUCAAAAUGAGGGAGACAGUGUUCAUAGUGUUAUUGAAAGAGCUUCUAAAUCAAUACCGCUAUACACUCCUGGUCAAUGGUACACCUUGGCAAGAACGGCAUGUAGAAAAAGCCCUUAUAAGAUCAUCGAAGUGUCCCAGGACAAUGUGUAUGACCUCAAAGAUCUCUUGCAGAACACUACCAUCAAUUGGGACAAAGGUACCGACAACGAGAUAGUAAAGUGGAACCAGAUUAAACUGAUCAGAACUGAUACACAAAAUGAUGGAUUUUUAUUUUUCAAAUAUAACUACUCAGAUGAACAAUUUUCCACUAUCAAUCUCCUGAAAAAAGGUCGAAAAGCAAUCAGUUAUCCUGAGGAAUACGAACUCAAAAUUUUACGAAGUAAACAUUUGCCAAUAUCGAAAGAAAAAUAUAAUGAUUUGAUAUUCUUCUGUAACAAGAAUGCAUUACCAAAAGAAUACCAUAAUUUCUUCAUGAAUUUGCACUUUUCUCGCACCACGAAUCAGCAGGAAGAUGAUAGUGACUGA